UCACUUUUGAUCAGUUGAGUGUACGCUGCCAGACGUUAGAGGUUGUUCUCGUCAUAGUAGUUGUUGACCACUUUGGUUUAUUUUUUAAAUAAAUUAAAAAAAGUAUUUAAAUUUGCACAAUUAAUAAAGUAAAAAAUACAAAAUGAAUGCUUUAAGAAAGUUGCCUACACGUUUGAUCGCCAAUGCUUUGCGUCAACAACAAUGUGCUAUGUCCUCUGGCAAUCCCGGCACUCCCACUCCCUUGACCCUUCUUACCGAGGACGAAGUAAUGAUGAAGGAAACUGUUGCCAAAGUGGCCCAGGAACAAAUUGCUCCUUUGGUCAAGAAAAUGGACGACCAACACAAGUUUGAACCAUCUGUAGUUCAAGCCAUGUUCGACAACGGUUUCAUGGGUAUUGAAAUCGAUACUGAAUUGGGUGGUAGUGGUUGCAAUUUCUUGACCACCAUAUUGACCGUUGAAGAACUUUCAAAGGUUGAUCCCUCUGUUGCUGCUUUGGUUGAUAUUCACAAUACUUUGGUGAACUCUUUGAUCAUCAAAGUGGCCAAUGAGGAACAGAAAAAGAAGUAUUUGCCAAAAUUGGCUCAAGAAUAUCCUGGUAGUUUCGCUUUGACCGAACCCGGCUCAGGUUCCGAUGCUUUCUCUUUGAAGACUGUUGCCAAAAAGGAUGGUAACCAUUAUGUCAUCAAUGGUUCUAAGAUGUGGAUCUCAAACUCUGAUUUGGCUGGUGUAUUUGUGGUAUUUGCCAAUGCCAAGCCUGAAGACGGUUACCGCGGUAUCACCACCUUCUUCGUUGAGCGUGACACUCCCGGCUUGAUUGUCAACAAACCUGAAGACAAAUUGGGCAUUCGUGCUUCCGGUACUUGCAUGCUUACAUUCGACAACGUUCGCAUUCCUGAAGAAAACUUGUUGGGUACCUUUGGCCACGGCUACAAAUACGCCGCUGGAUUCUUGAAUGAAGGCCGCAUUGGUAUUGCCUCUCAAAUGAUUGGUUUGGCUCAAGGUGUCUUUGACCACACAAUGCCCUACUUGUUGGAACGCAAACAAUUUGGUUCUGAAAUUUUCAACUUUCAAUCUAUGCAACAUCAAAUUGCCGCUAUUGCUACAGAAAUCGAAGCUGCUCGUUUAUUGACCUACAACGCUGCCCGUAUGGUCGAACACGGUAUUCCAUUUGUUAAGGAGGCCGCCAUGGCUAAAUACUAUGCUUCUGAGGUAGCUCAACGUGCUGCCAUCAAGUGCAUUGACUGGAUGGGUGGUGUUGGUUUCACUCGUGACUUCCCUCAAGAGAAAUACUAUCGUGAUGUUAAGAUUGGUGCCAUCUAUGAAGGAACAACCAACAUGCAACUCAGCACCAUUGCCAAAUUGAUCAAGAAGGAUUAUUCCUCUUAAGAAGCAGCAACUAACAACUUUAAACUUCUGUGUUAACAAGUUAAGACAGUGAUAACAACUGUAAAUACUAUAAAUUAGUUCUAACAACGAAAAACAAAUAAUUUGUUUUUUAAAUGUUGCAAAUUUUCAUCAUCGUAACAGAUACCAA